GGCGCCAGCCCUACGCAGAAAGCCAUGGCCUCGAACCCCUGCCCGCCAUCCCCGCUGCUCGUGCGGGUGUCCGAGCCCUGCCAUCGGCAAAAUCUACGUUGGAAGCUGGAAAGCUACUUCCAGAGCCGGAAGAACUCGGGCGGCGGGGAAUGCACCGUCCGACACCUGGGUGCCAGCGCGCCCAACACCUUCAAGGUGGAGUUCUUGCAAAGGGCAGCUAAGGAGAGAGUGUUGAAAAAAGAAAAGCACCAAAUUCUGGUUGACAACGAACCAGUGACUAUUUUCCUGGAACCUACCAAAAAUCCAAUAGAGAAGAAUAUGAGACCUGGAAUGUCUCAAGUGCAAACACCAUCACAAGAACGGGAGAGGUCUGGUGAGAAGCAUCCAAAUGAAGAACAUAUUCCUAAUGCUGUGGAUUCCUGUGUCCAAAAUAUCUUCCUUACUGUCACGGCUGAACUGAACUGUAACCUGUUCUCUAAAGAGCAGAGGGAGUGCAUAACCACUCUCUGCCCCAAUGUCACAAAAAUAGAGGGCUACAAUGGAAUUGAGAGAGUGCGUGGUGACUUCCAAGAUAUUGAAAAAAUACAUGGCUUCUUGAGUGAGCAACUCCUAAAAAGUGAGCAGAAACAUGAAUCAUCCCCUUUGACAACAGAGCGGGAGCCACUCCAGCAAGGCCAGAACAGUUGUGUUUCUCCCUCUGAACCAAAAACCAAGUCAGAAGGAAAAAGCAAUUGCUAUGAAGUUCCCUUGUUUCUCUUCGAGUACUUCAAGUAUACCUAUCCUGGAAAAAUGGACUCAGUAGAGAAAAGAUUUGGUAUAAAAAUAAAAAGUCGAGAGAGUUCUCCUGAUAUGGUCUCUUUAGAUUUCACCUCAAGUCAAUCAAGUGACAUCAGAUCAGCUCAAGAGUCUUUUAUUCAUGAGUUUCAGCAGAGCAUAGGAACUAUGAAGAAGGUAUGUGUUGCAUUGGCUGACAGUAAGCAGGCAAAUAAAAUCAAACAGAAACUGAGCUGCCAGUUUCAAAAGCUUUAUAUAAAGGAGAAUGGAGGAGAAUUAAUUCUUAUGGGUACCCAUGAUGAUGUUUCAGCUGCCAGACAUAUUAUUGCCUCCCAAAUUUCUGAAAGUCCUGUCGAGGCUCCUGUGAAAAUAUUGACUCUGUGUAGGAGGAACAGAAUUGAGGUUGACACGGCACAGUACAAGCUUUUAGAAGCUGAAUUACUCCAGGAGAUAUCAGAGAUAGAACAAAAGUACAACACUCAAAGGAAGGUUUGGGAAGAAAGUCAGAAAACCUGCAUUGUAUUUGAAUCUAAGGACAAGGAGUUAGAUCUGUCUGUGCAUGCUUGUGCAAGUUUCACUGAUGCCUAUCAACAUGUCUCAUGUCAGCUGGUGAGAGAAGUUCUUCCAUUGAAAUCUUUGGGCAAGGAGAGAAAGGACUUAUAUAGGAGCAAGUUCAUCGGUGACUUUAGAAAUAGGCAUCCAGGUGUAUUCUUUGCACUAAAUCAAGAAUCAAUGAUCUUUAUUGGGUUGCCAAAUCAUCUUGCAAAGGCAAAGCAGUAUGUCUUAGGAACAGGGGGAAUGUCCCUGUUAGCUGGACAGAAACGGAAUGAGGAUCGUGAAACACCCAUGGACAUUGAUGGUAAUGAUUCAGAAACAGCUUCACCAACAUCCCAGCGCUCUGCCAGUUCUCAGGCAUCAAGAGUGGACAAGGAAGAGGACAUAUGUGCCAUCUGUAUGGAGCCCAUUAGAAACAAGCUAGUACUACCAAAGUGCAAGCACGGAUUCUGCAGCCCCUGUAUCAAGAAAGCCAUGACAUACAAGCCAGUCUGUCCUGUGUGCCAGACUUUCUACGGUGUCCAGAAAGGGAAUCAGCCAGAGGGCACCAUGACUUUCGAGGUCCGAAAAUAUGCACUUCCAGGUUAUGAAUCCUGUGGCUCCAUUGUGAUUAAUUAUUGUAUGGAAGGAGGCAUACAAACAGAAGAGCACCCAAACCCAGGAAUGCCAUAUUCUUCAACACAGCGAACUGCAUACUUGCCUGAUAAUGAGGAAGGAUGGGAGGUUUUGAAACUGCUCCAGAAAGCCUUUAAACAAAAGCUAAUUUUCACAGUGGGGGAGUCUCGAGUUACAGGACUCGCAAGUGCCAUUACAUGGAAUGAUAUCCACCAUAAAACGUCCAUCUCUGGGGGACCGGAAAGAUAUGGCUACCCUGAUCCUUAUUACCUGAAACGCGUCAAACAGGAGCUGAAAAAUAAAGGAAUUGAGUAAGAAGACUGCUGGAAGGAUGUCUUGAGCCAUGCUUUCGAAAGACAUGGUUGAAGGAGCAGAGUAAAUAUCCUUAUGUAGAGAGACCUUUUACAAAUGUUCGUCUCAAGGGUUCAUGGAAGAGUAAGAAUCUGUUACCUGUAGUUUUUGGAGUGCUACUUUUUAUUGAAGACAAAAUCCCCAAUAUCUGUGUGACUUUUGCUGCAGGGCUGUUACGCCUCAUUCUUGGCUCAUUGUUGCAGGGAGGCGGGGAUGGCGUGUAGUGGACCUAAAGUCAUCUUCUGUGCUCUGCAGUCAAAACACUAGCUGCCACUCGAUUCUCUUUUUAUUGCCAUCUCUGGGGUGGUCCUUUAGUUUUUUGUUGGUUGAUUUGCCCUUUAAGUACUGUGAAAGUAAAAUCCUAGUGUGAAUGGGGGAAGUAGGGAGGCUUUGGUUAUGAAAAAAUUAAGACACAUGUUCCCCUCCUUCACAGCCAGAAAAGUGACCAGGAGCAGAGAUUGGGCAACCUUUGGUAAUAAAAAGCAUAAAGCUAUUAUUUUUCAUGACACAGAGCCUAGUAUACAGUUGGUACUAUAUUCCAUUUUUUUUGGAAAAAAAAUUCCAAUUUUUAAUACAUUUUUGCUACCAGACUUAGGUGGCUAAUACCACAGUAGAGGAAUAUAUGCUCCCUAAAUCUUUGUCAGAGACAGGAGUAAGGAAGCCAUUUCUGGAGUCCUCACCACUGAUUUGGAAAACUGAGUUUCUUAUCUGGUUAUCCACAUUGCAAUCUCCCUCCAAAAAUGAUGAAUGAGGUGUCUUUUUCUUUUCUUAAACAUAUGCAUACACACACACGUAUUUGAUCAGAGGGCAAUAGCUAAUAUUUACUGUAGACUUAUUUUGUCCCCUUUAUAAGAUCUGUACAUUCAUGUGGUUGAUACUACUAGUAUCUCCAUUUUAUAACUGAGAAAGCUGAUGCACGGAGAGGACACCUUGGUAAAGGUCACAUAGUUAACAAGCAGAAGUGCUAGGAUUUAACAGAGAUAGCCGGGCUUCAAGGCUUCUGUACCCCAGAGCUUCUCCUCCACAAAGCUUGCUGAGGAGUUCCCAUUAUCCUGGGCUUCUCUCAGCAAAUUUCCUCCGAAGAAGUCUUAUUUGAAGAACUUAAAAACCCAGAAUCUUUUCCUUUGUCUGGAGAGUUGAGGAAGCUUAAACUAAAUGAUAGGCCUUUUUUUUUUUUUUUAAUCAGAUGAUACAUUUGAAUUUUGGUGAUUCUUUAAAGUCUUUACCAUUAUGAUUAGUUCUAAGCUUUAGCUAAAUUUGCUUCAAAUGAACUCAAGUUUGGUUCCUGCCAAGGUCCAGAUCCUUGAUUACAAUGCCGUGUGUGCACAGGCAGUUCAGCGGUGUGAGCAGUCCAUGAGCCUGUGGAUUGCUGCUUUUGCUCUGCGGAAGGUAUCACGUGUAUCUGCUUUCAAUAAAGUUACUUCCACAUUAGGAA